AUGAGUCUUUUUAGUGAUUUUAUACAGAAUACUAACAAAGAGGUCCUUGAGCGUGUUGAAAAACUUGUUAAGGAGAAGGGAAUCAAAGCAAAACUUGAAAAAGAAACAGAAAAUUUGGCAAAUCAGUGCGCAAAUUCUUUAAUUGAUCCAGAAGCUCCAAAACCACCAAGUUUUAAAGGAGUUGAUUUUGCAGUAGAAGAUCAAGAUCAAUUCCUUUUAAUUCUAGAUUAUUUUCAAUCAUCCGGAUUACAAUUUACAACUCAAACAAUAAAAUACGAAAGUCAGCAUCCUAACAUCACUGUCGAUCGUAAAAAGCUAGCUGAGAAGUAUGGCUUGCGUAGUUACGAUAAAACUCCUUUACUUGUUCAAAUGAUUGAACAGAGAUUGAAAAUGAUAGGAAAUGAGUAA